GCCGCCGCCGCCGGUUGGCGGGGGAGGGGCCGGAGGAAAGUGCCAGAGCGGCUGGAGCGGCCUCGGCUGGUGGUUUGGGUCCCUUCUUUCCUCCGUUAUCCACUCUCGGUGUGGGCCUGGGGGCCCGCGCCUUUCCUUCUGAGCGCAGCGGGGAUGGGCAUGUGUCUGCCGUGCCUGGGAGGGGCGGCCGCGGAUGUUGUGGAGACGCCGGAUCCGGAUACCAGAAGAAGACAACUAGCAGAAGCUGCUGAGAAGCGACAGAAAGAGAAUGUACACAGGGGCAUUAAGAAUCCAGAAUCUGUGGAACGGAAGAAGAAGAAGCAGGAGGUAUUGGAAAAGCAGCAGAUGAAUUCUACAUCUGCAGGAGGUGGUGGCCUCAGGUGGCAAGUUGGCUAAAGAAGCUGAAGAACUGGUAGAAGAUCUUCAAUAUUGCCAAUGUAGCAUUGACCUUGCUGGCCCCUGUUACUGAGAGAUUCAUGUUCUCUGCGUUGCUUUUGGUGUUUGGUUAGAAAGAUCCAGAAAUGUGCCACCUUUCGCAUUGAAUGUUCUGUACAAAGGCUCUCUGUAUUCCAACAGAAAUGUACAAUGUUUCUUCCAGUAAUUUAAAAUCCUGUGUGUUAAUGUUUUAAAACAUUCGACCAAUCCAGUCAUUUUUAAGAAACAGUGGAAACUACUCAUGGCUUGGAUGCUGCUGUUCCAAAGGGUUCUUUGGUUUGCUUCUGUUUUAACCAGAGAUUGUAUUGCUAGAUGUUUACUUUCUAUGUAUUGCCAUUAUUUAUAAACUAGUAUAGCUACCUAUUGUGGAUAUUUGUAGAUAAUUCAGCUGCAGCUUUAUUAGCCAAGUUUUUCUAUAUUUAUAAACACUUGAUUUUCUAAACCUUUGUGCCUUGGAUAUAGCUUGGGGAGAUGUAUGACAAUAUGCUUUCUUUUAAUGCUAUAGCUUGUGUUUAUUAAAAUAUUUAGCAUCCA